AAUGUUUUUCCUAGGAAAAUAAAAAGAAAACAAAAUAAUCUUUAUAUAAGAUUGUGUUCUUGCAAGUUUCAAGUGCAUCAACACCACACCUAUCUUCCUCUGAAGUCUUGUUGUUAGCUGAAGCAUUUUACAGGCCACCAUUUUCUUCGACUACCUUUCACUUACUAUUUAAGAAUGGAGACGAGUAAAAAGGGCCAAUGGUUAAGUGUUCUGAUAUGUGUGGUACUAUUACUAAAGGCAGAAGGGGUUCCUGUGGGAAUCACUUUUGUUGAAAAUGCAGUGGCAAAAGGAGCUGUUUGUUUGGAUGGGAGUCCACCAGCUUACCACUUCCAUAAGGGAUCUGGAGCAGGGAUUAACAACUGGAUUGUUCACUUUGAGGGAGGAGGAUGGUGCAACAACGUUACUUCUUGCCUUUCUCGUAGGGACACUCGAUUAGGCUCGUCUAAAAAAAUGGAUACCCAACUUUCCUUUUCUGGAUUUUUUAGUAACAGUAAAAAGUUCAAUCCAGAUUUCUACGAUUGGAACAGAAUCAAGGUUAGGUAUUGUGAUGGGUCAUCAUUUACUGGUGAUGUUGAAGCUGUUGAUCGAGCAACCAAUUUGCACUUAAGAGGAGCAAGGGUUUUUGCUGCUGUUGUUGAUGAUUUACUAGCAAAAGGAAUGAAAAAUGCUCAAAAUGCAAUUAUCUCUGGAUGUUCUGCUGGAGGGUUGGCUGCAAUUUUAAACUGUGAUCGAUUCAAAUCACUACUACCAGGAACGACUAAAGUGAAAUGCCUUGCAGAUGCUGGUUAUUUUAUCAAUGUAAAGGAUGUCUCUGGCGCACAGCGCAUUGAAGAGUUCUACAAUCAAGUUGUCCAAACACAUGGCUCAGCUAAGAAUUUGCCUGCAUCCUGCACUUCAAGACUCAGACCAGGGCUGUGCUUUUUCCCACAAAAUGUGGUAUCACAAAUCAGUACGCCAAUCUUCUUCGUAAAUGCAGCUUAUGAUUCAUGGCAGAUCAAAAACAUUUUGGCACCAGGUGCUGCAGAUCCCCAUGGCACCUGGCGUGAAUGCAAGCUUGAUAUAAAAAAAUGCUCAUCAAAUCAACUCAGUGUAAUGCAAGUAUUCAGGACUGAUUUCCUGAGGGCAUUUGGUGCUGUUGGGAACUCUCCAUCAAAAGGGCAUUUCAUAGAUGGUUGCUAUGCUCACUGCCAAACUGGAACACAAGAGACAUGGAUGAGAAAUGACUCUCCUGUGUUAGGCAGCACAACAAUUGCGAAGGCAGUUGGAGACUGGUAUUAUGAUCGAAAGCCAUUUAAGCAGAUAGAUUGUGCCUACCCUUGCAACCCCACUUGCCACAAUCGUAUUUUUGAUCAGAAUGAGCGUCCAGACGUAUAGAUUUCAAAUAAGUAGUAUGUGAAUUAUCACUACAAACUAUCAUAUAAUAGUUGUCGGUGAUUCUUCUCAAGAAGAUGUGUUUAAUGAUUUAGAAGCUUCCAAUGUAAGCGUAUGCACCCUGAUAAAAGGAUGGUAAAUGUCACCAUGCAACCACAAAAUUCUAUCAUUAUGGAGAGUGACUCUUUCAUCUUGCUUAAA